CCACGCUUUCCUCCCCCAGCCUCCCGGCUUCCUCCUCCUCCUUCUCGCCUCUGCUCUCCCUCCUCAAGGCUUUGUCCAGCCCCUUGUGAAGAUGGCGGGGCUGAGCAGCAAGACUAGCGCGGCAGAGGCGCCGAGACGCAGCGGCGGAGGGGUCUUGAUUUCAGAUGAUUGGCCAGGAUAUAGCUUGGAUCUGUUCACAUAUCCACAGCAUUACUGUGGAGACCUUGACUAUGUGCUUAUACCACAUGGGAUCAUUGUUGACAGGAUAGAACGUUUGGCCAAAGAUAUCAUGCAAGACGUUGGAUUCAAUGAUAUUGUGGUUCUCUGUGUACUUAAAGGUGGUUACAAAUUCUGUGCUGAUCUCGUGGAGCAUAUUAAGAACCUCAGUAGGAACUCAGAAAGGUUCAUCUCCAUGAAAGUUGACUUUGUUAGACUGAAAAGUUAUCAGAAUGAUCAGUCUACGCAAGAUACUCAGAUCAUAGGAGGAGAUGACUUUUCAAAACUGGCUGGAAAGAAUGUCCUUAUUGUGGAGGAUAUCAUUGGAACUGGAAGGACUAUGAAAGCGCUCCUUGACAGUAUUAAAAAAUACAAGCCCAGAAUGGUUAAGGUAGCAAGUUUGUUGGUGAAAAGAACAGCUCUACCAGAUGGAUUCAGGCCGGACUAUUAUGGAUUUGAAAUUCCAGAUUUAUUUGUGGUGGGCUACGCCUUAGACUACAACGAGUACUUCAGAGACCUAAACCACUUAUGUGUUAUCAAUAACCAUGGCAAAGCAAAAUACAGAGUCUGAAGAAUAACUAAUCAUCCUGGUCUGGAAGAUAGGUGGUCCUCCUGAUCGUCUCCUUAAGAACAGACCAACUGACCCUCAUCUCAUUCAGACUGGACUAUAUAUGGCAACUCCCCAGGAAGGAUCAUCUUGGACUUUGUCACAAUUAGACUCCUUUAAUUUCCUUCAGACUUCCUAGGGUAACCAGUAUGGGUCAAAGGCAAAGAAGACAUAAUAUUCUAAAUCCAAAAGAAUAGAAAUUAGAGGUGAAAGGAAACUUGGUUUUUAAUUCCUUGCACCCAGUCUUGCCCAACCAUAUCAUGCCAGAUCUGUUGGGAUUACAAAUCCCAUUGUUUCCAACCAUCAAGCUUCCUUGCCCUGUAUAACAAGUGCCUUUGAGAAUGUGUGUUGAGCACAACUGCACAAUGAUCAAUGAGCUCUGUGGGACUAUUAGAACAAUUAUUGCAUUUUAAAGCUCCAGUUUUUUCAGACAGUGUUGUAGUGCCUUCACUUAAGCUCCUCUUUAACAGAGCUUCAAAUACAUAAUUCUUACCAUCUCCUUUUGAUGACUUAAUCAUUGUUGAGAUAUUUAUUCUCUCCUGUUAUUUAAAAUUCAAAGGAGCAAAGACCUCAGAGUAAAUGAUUCUCUCUCAGCUCAAUAGCUCCUUGAGAUAGCUUAGGCUGGUCAAGAGUGGCUGGGGCCAAUGUCUGAGUUCAUAGAAGCAACCAAACCACAUUGUGUUUUAAACAUUGUGUUUUGUAAACCAUUAUUUUUGGCUUAGUAUUAUGUGUGAACCAGGUCAUUAUAGCUCGUUCAGCAAAACUUAGUUAAACCAUAACAUGGCUUAAAGGUAGGCAAUCAGGCAGGGAAUAUCAUAAUUAAGCGAGCAAUUGUCUUCUUGUUCAAAGUCCAGUAUUAUGUCCACUACAUUAUAACCUUCUAGUAAGCUUCAGAACUAAUCUAGGAUUUGAACUUAGAUGUUACUAGUCCUAGUCUUACAUUUUAACCAGGGGAAUUCAGAAGAAGGCAAUUUGGCAUCCUUUACUUGUUUUGGCAGCCUCUUGCUUUCUGAGGCUGAUGGGAAUUGAAGUCCAGAAUAUCUGGAGGGUAGGGACAAUUGCCUAUGCCUCAUCUGAUCUUAGUGUCAUGCUGUCUUUGUUCAUCUCUUUGUCUUCUGCUUCUCACAUCUCCACAAAAUUAGUUUCAAUGCCGCUUUACAUUUCUUCAGCUUGGGGCUACAGCUCCUGUUCAGUGAUAACAAGGAAUAAUUUGGAAUCAUUAGAACAAUAUAAGCAAGUAUUAGCACAGUAGAUCAUGGAAAACAGAAGCUGCUUUUUCGUAAGAGAAGUGUUAAAAUUCAUAGCACUGUUACUACUUUAUGAAAUAUAUCUGGAAUGGCUGAUUAUGCGUUAAGCAUUUCCCAAAUAGGCAUUUUCCAGAUGUACUGGGGCUGCAAAUCCCAGAAUUCAUCUCAUCAUAUAGGAAUUCUAAGAAUCGCUAUCCUAAUACAUCUAGGGGUUGUAAGAUUUGGGAAAGCCAAUUUACAGAAUCCUCAGCUGUCCUCUAACAAACGUUAAAGUCAUAUUUGAAUUAUGGCACAGAUAAUUUAAUUUAUAACCUUGUCUUAGGUUAUAGUUCAAAGCAUCUCAUUCAAUUUAUGGUGGAAGUAUUGGUCCUACCACACUUGGACUGGUGGGACUUAUACCAGUUGUUCAGUAGCGGCUCUGAUACAACAUUGUAAGCCUUGUGGUGCCUUCCCUUGUGCUAUAAUUCCUUUGUAAAAACUAUUUAGGCAUUAAAGUGCAUUGAACUCUGUCAAUAUGAUAACUUAUUUUCCUUUCAGCUCACUCCUUGUGAAUGGUCCUUUUUCAUACUUUGCUUCUGCAUCUAGGGUUACAUUUCUUAUUGUAACUUUCUUAAAAGUAAAUCUCACUUAACACAGUGGAGCUAAAAAUAAAUCUCAUUUAACACAGUGAAGCUUGAUUAAAUAUGCUGGAAAAUUUCCAGGUGUUUUUGUAAAUUAAGAAAGGUUUCCAAUUCCCAGGGGUUGAAAACUAGCAAAGACUUAGAAGUCUUUUCUUCUUCUAUAUUUGGUAAGAAAACCUGGGUUAGGGAGAGAAAUAUGACUAUAUUUGUGAGUUUCUAGUGCUAAAAAUUUAUAGACUGAGCUUAUGCCCAGAAAUACCAGGUACUGCUAUGUCCAGGUUCCUGAACCAUUAAUUUCCACCUGGCUCCAACUGGUGGACCUCAGAGUUGAGGUAAAAAAAAAGUAGAUCCUGCAAGGUCAAAGUCUACCACCCCUGCUUUAAGCUAAUCAUUAUUUUUAUAUUGGUGAUUAUCAUUUCUUGUUUAAUUUGCUUUAGCAUAGAACAAAUAGGUUGAGGGGGCAAUAAGUUUAAAGCUUACAUUCGUGUCUUAACACCAUCCAAAAUCAGUAGGCUUCCAAUCUUAAAUUUUAGUUGAAAUAAUACAGGAGCAGUUCAGCUUCGCUUUCCAAAUGGCAUCUCUUAAUGUGUUGGACUACAUAACCCAUAAUCUUUUAUUGGGGAUGAUGGAAGUUGUAAAUUAACACCCAGACAUAAAUUUGAGGAAAAGGAUCCCCAGAGCCUACUAAGCACAAACAUUUCCAUAGGUCUAACUAAGGAUAGCCAAAGAUAUUCUUAAAAAGCAUUUCACUUUAAAAAAUCGGGUUUUCCCCCCCUUGUGCUUGUUUUUCAUAGCCAAUUUAUUGAUUGUUGAGUGUGAAUACUGGAAUGAGAAGCUAGGCUUCUCGAGAUUACAUACAUUUUGUUCUGAAAAACAAAGGAAUAAUUUUAAAACAAAAACUAAUAGUGUGGAAAGCAUUUUAAGUACAGCUGCUUUAGUGAGCUUCCUGUUUUUUACACGGCCAUCUUCAGUAGAGUUUUGCCUUUUUUACCUAUUGCAUGCUUGGAGAAAGAUCAUUUUGGGCUAUAUACAAACUGCUCUCAAUAGCUUCCUGGAGGCAGCCAAUCCCCCCCGCCCCAAAAUCACAAGCAAGUGGUUUUGUUCUGAAUAGCAUGGGGCCUAUUGUUGUUAGACUGGAGUUUCCGCUAAACUAAUAAACAGCUAGGAUAUUUUGCUUUAUUGCAAAUUUCUUAUGAUUCCCCUCUUUUCUUUUAGCAUACCUUUGCACACCCUCUUGUAGCCCUUGCAGUGUAAAUAAAUGCUUUUUGGGAAAAACUAUGUACAUCUUUUCUCUGGGCUAAUUCAAAUUUUCCUGUACCUAAGCUCUAGCUUGUAUUUUUGCGUCCUAUCUGAAUAAAACAAA